AUGAACGCAGCGUGCGUCUCAUACUGCGAUAUGACAUCGAUGGAUUCAUAUUAUAGCACGUCUACUGCGCAAGGUAGGGAUCACCAGGCGAACCCGUUCAGGACUUUCCAGACCACUGAAACCAAAUACAGCCCCACGUUCAUUCCGGGGAAAGGACAGGCUUACGGAGAGAAGUCCCGGAGUCCUUUCCAGCCGGAGUGCCGGUCGUUGGAUGGCGCGGAGGACAGCAGCUUCAACAAGUACCAGCUCUUCAUGCAGCGGCCGACCUGCAAAACUCCGCCCGAAGGCAGCAAGCUGCACCCGGACAGCGGGCACAACGGGACGCUGAUUCCCUGCUAUGGAAAAGACAACAGUGGCCUGACAGAGUCUGAGUUGCCCCAGAGUGUUGACCCUCCCGUGAUGGAAGGCAGCUACCUGAACCUGAAGGCUCCCAGUGAGAAGGGCCUCAGUGAGCGGCCUGGCUCGGACUUUUCCAGUCCUCUGGACAAAAGUGAGGCCGAGAGCAACAAAGGCAAGAAGAGACGCAAUCGCACCACGUUCACUAGCUACCAGCUGGAAGAGCUGGAGAAGGUCUUCCAGAAGACACACUACCCAGAUGUUUAUGCCCGCGAGCAGCUGGCUCUGAGGACAGACCUGACAGAGGCUCGUGUACAGGUGUGGUUCCAGAAUCGCAGAGCCAAGUGGAGGAAGAGGGAGCGUUACAGUCAGAUGCAGCAGGUCCGGACACAUUUCUCUACUGCUUACGAGCUGCCUCUACUAACUCGGCCUGAGAACUAUGCACAGAUCCAGAACCCUUCGUGGAUCGGGAGCAGCAGUGGAGCAUCUCCAGUGCCAGGUUGCGUUGUGCCUUGUGACUCCGUCUCCUCCUGCAUGCCGCCUCACCCUCACGGUCCUGGAGGCAUCUCUGAUUUCCUGGGCGUGCCCAAUCCAGGGAGCAGCCACAUGGGACAGACACACAUGAGCAGCCUCUUUGGGGGUCCCGGGAUGGGCGGGGGAAUCAAUGGCUACGAUCUUAACCUUGAUCCAGACCGCAAGUCUUCCAGCAUAGCUGCGCUGCGUAUGAAGGCCAAGGAACAUAGCGCAGCCAUCUCUUGGGCUACAUGAGGACUCAGCCCAGUACCACCCUGCCCCCUCAUGGCCCUCUUCUCUGGAGCAGCCAUCAGCAAGCUGAGCAGCUGUGGGGGAGGAGGGAGUUUUCCUGAGAGCACUAAUGAUAACACAGGUCAAAUGAACAGGCAGAGACUGUGGAGAUAACAGAGGCCACUGCAACGGCCAACGCAACCAAGAUUACAACUGUGACUGUGACAAUCAGCAGAUGCUGAAAGUGAGAGAAAUACAGAGGUGUGACUCGGAAGAAGAUGUUACUGAGACAUUGUGUUCACUCUUGAAUCCUUGAUCUCUCAGGUGUCAUUGAAAUAUGUGUUUUGUCCCUAAUAAACUGGGUAUCAUUCAUGAUAGUGAUAGGUUUCAGUAAGAAAAGCAAUAUAAUAAAUAUGGCUUACAAAACACUAUCAUGGAAUACAGGAAUGCAGUGCCAAAGCCAACAAUAGCAUACAGUAUAUAAUAAUUAAGCUUAAUUCACGUUAUUUACUUCCCAUAGCUUUUUCUUUCUUUCUUACAUAGUCUUACUUUAGACGUGUCUCUCGUACUGUACUUGAGCUCAAGUACAUAUCUGAGUACCAAGUGAGUGAGA